AUGCACCCGGCUCUCGGCCACCCGCGCUCGGUCUCGUCCUCGUCCGGCUCCUUCCCGCCGCCUGCCGCCGCCGCCCGGCUGCAGCCGCUCUUCCUCCGGGGGGCUUCCUACCGCGGUCGGAGGGGCUCGGGCGACAGCAGCACCAGCACCAGCACCAGCCGCGGGGGCGGCGGCGGCAGACGCGGCGGGGGCGGCGGCGGCUCCCCCAGCAGCAGCACGGGCGCCGAGCGAGAGGACGACGACGACAGCGUCAGCAUCAGCAAGCCGCUGGUGCCCGCCGCCGCGCUCCCGGGGCCCCCGGCUCAGGGGAGCGCCCCGGCUGCCGACCCCGCGCCCGCCGCCUUCUCUUCCUCCGCCGCCACCGCCUCCUCCGCCUCCACACCCACCUCCUCCUGCAGCAUGACCGCCGCGGACUUCGGCGGGGGCGCCGCGGCCGGGGCCGUCGGGGGCCCCGGGGGCCGCUCGGCUGGGGGCGCGGGCGUGCCCGGGGCCGGCAGCGGCGCCUCCUGCUGCUCGCGCUGCUGCUGCUGCGGCCGCCCGGCCCGCUCCGGCCGCAGGGGUCGGCGCCGCGGCUGCUCCCCCAGCCCCGGGUGCCGCUGGGGCUACCAGGCGCUGUCCGUGGUGCUGCUGCUGGCGCAGGGCGGACUGCUGGACCUGUACCUCAUCGCGGUCACCGACCUGUACUGGUGCUCCUGGAUCGCCACCGAUCUGGUGGUGGUGGUGGGCUGGGCCAUCUUCUUCGCCAAGAACAGUCGGGGCCGUCGGGGCGGCUCGGCGGGCAGCGCGCACAACCACCACCAGCACCACCACCACGCCGCGCCGCCCCUGCACCUGCCCGCCGCCUCGUCCGCCUCCGCCGCCGCCGUGGCCGGGGCCAAGGCGCGCAGCGGCCGCGGGGGCGGCGGCGGCCCGGUGGGCGGCGUGGGGGCGGCCGCGGCGGCCGGCGAGUUUGCCUUCGCCUACCUGGCCUGGCUCAUCUACUCCAUCGCCUUCACGCCCAAGGUGGUGCUUAUCUUGGGCACGUCCAUCCUGGACCUCAUCGAGCUGCGCGCGCCCUUCGGCACCACGGGCUUCCGCCUCACGAUGGCGCUGUCGGUGCCCCUGCUCUACAGCUUGGUGCGGGCCAUCAGCGAGGCGGGCGCCACCUCGGGCUCCGGGGGACUCCUGCUCCUGCAGCCCCAGCAGCACCGCGCCGCCGGCUGCUUCCUGGGCACGUGCCUUGACCUGCUCGACAGCUUCACCCUGGUGGAGCUGAUGCUGGAGGACCGGGUGCCGCUGCCCGCGCACCUGCGCUACCUGCUCAUCGCCGUCUACUUCCUCACCCUCGCCUCGCCGGUGCUCUGGCUCUACGAGCUCAAUGCCGCAGCCUCGGCGGCCUCGUCCUGGGGCCAGGCCUCAGGGCCUGGCAGCUGCAGCCGCCUUCUGCGCCUGCUGGGCGGCUGCCUGGUGGACGUGCCCUUGCUGGCGCUGCGGUGCCUCCUGGUGGUGAGCUACCAGCAGCCCCUCUCCAUCUUCAUGCUCAAGAACCUCUUCUUCCUCGGCUGCCGCGGCCUGGAGGCCCUGGAGAGCUGCUGGGACCGGGGCAGUCGGGCCUCCCCCAGUCGGGCCAGAGGGGGCUACAGUGCUCCGCCCUCCGCCCCACCGCCACCUCCACCGCUGCCACAUCAGGGAGGCUCCCAGCUGGGCCACUGCAUCGCGGAGAAUGAGGGAGGGGCCCAUGGCUAUGUCAACACUCUGGCUGUCGCCUCACAGAAUUGA